CGCGAAAUGUGAUCGAGGAGGUGUCCGUUGAGCGGCCAUGUCUGUCGACUUUCACUCAUUCAGCGGGUCUCAAUCUCCCUCAGAGUAUGCUUUCGCCAUGGCAGAUACGCUGUCUUCCGAUCAGAUACAGCGAUACUGCCAUGAUCUCGUCUAUCAAGUAGCGUAUACAUUCUACGACUCCCCUUAUAUCCUCAUAUUCAAGCUUCUGGUGACUUUGGGCGUAACUGCUGAAAGACCAUUAGCAGACCUCCUGGGCAUAUCUGCCCCUGAGUUGAGGAGAUAUAUUGGCACGCUGCAUGUUCAUCGACUGGUGAAGAGACAUGUCAAUAAGGAGCGUCUGCCGCAAGACUCGUUCCGGAGGAAUAUUCCGGGUCAAUCUGCGCAAGACAAUCAGCUCAGGACGAGAGACGUGAACUAUUAUUACUUGGACUAUCGUGAAUUCGCGAAUGUAACAAAGUACAGAAUUGCCAUGAUGCGUAAAGCCAUCGACGACAAGAUCAAGCAGGAAGUCGGACACCGAGGAUACAUAUGCCCAAAUGAUGGUAAAACAUUCCGACCUCUGGACCUUUCCAAUCUGUUCGACCCUUCCACUAAUGCUUUCGUCUGUGACCAAUGUGCGACCGAGUUGAUUGAGCACGAUCCAACCACCGAUCCGACACUCGGUACCGGGACUCAGGACAACAUGCAACGCUUCAAUCUCGCCACAGCGUCCAUUCGUGAGAUCCUGAAAGCUGUCGAAGGGAGCACUCUCCCAAGUCUCAAUAUAGUGGCUUGGAUAGCUCAGAACGUAAAGGUUUUGCCUCUUCCUGGAGAAGAAGCGCACGAGAAGGGAGGAGAUCGCAAAUUUGAAAUUGUUGUGGGAGGUGAAGGGGAUGAGAGAGAAGAGCUUGAAAAAGCUCGAUUGGCAGAGGCACAGCGGACGCAAAAUGCCCUGCCCGUAUGGUAUACUCACUCCACAGUCACCGGUUCCGCGACUGCUCUAGGGCUCGAGAAUCGAAAGGGCUCCAUGGACGAUUCUCCAAUCAAACCUGAUCUCCACAAAGUCAAUGACAAGGAUCUCGACGAUGAAGCUCUAGACGCUCACUAUGCCAAUCUCAUGGCGGAGGACUCUGCCGACGAAAUAAUGGGUGGAGAGCCGGUCCAAGUCAAAGCCGAAGUCGAGCCUGAAGACGAGCUCCAGGCGGUAGAGGAGGUAGGGGCUGUGCCGAAAGUGGCACAACAAGAGGCGAACGGUACUGCAGACCGAGACGAGCCCAUGAUCAGCGUUGAUGGCAAACUGAAGCCAUUGUCCCAAGUUACGGACACGGAUGCAGAGCUGAUGACUCCAGCGGAAUAUCAGGCUUGGUACGAGGCCAUGGAGGCUGCGGACUCUUAGUGUAAGCGCAAGAAUGCGCAGAAUCGGGUUGCACUUGCUCGCAGAGAAUCUCAAUGUUGUAAAACAUACCAGGAAGCAUUUGUCCAGCAUAGGAACAAUA